UGGAUCGUCUGGCUCGACAGACAGGGCAUCGGGUCACCAGGCAUGACAGCGGACACUGGGUUAUCAGGCAUUGGAUUGUCUGGCUCGACAGCGGGCAUCGGGUCACCAGGCAUGACAGCGGGCACCGGGUCAUCAGGCAUGACAGCGGGCACUGGGUCAUCAGGCAUUGGGGUCACCAGGCAUGACAGCGGGCACUGGGUCAUCUGGCAUUGGAUCGUCUGGCUCGACAGCGGGCAUCGGGUCACCAGGCAUGACAGCGGGCACUGGGUCAUCAGGCAUUGGAUCGUCUGGCUCGACAGCGGGCAUCGGGUCACCAGGUAUGACAGCGGGCACCGGGUCAUCAGGUACCGGAUCGUCUGGCUCGACAGCGGGCAUCGGGUCACCAGGCAUGACAGCGGGCACUGGGUCAUCAGGCAUUGGAUCGUCUGGCUCGACAGCGGGCAUCAGGUCACCAGGUAUGACAGCGGGCACUGGGUCAUCAGGCGUGAUAGGAUCAUCAGGCUGGAUCAG